ACAGCCCGUGCCAUUUUUCCACACGAACACACCAAAAAAAGAGCUUUAAUUUUCUGACCUUGCCAGUUCUCGCAAACACGCUUGGAUCUUUUGAGGCAAAAACAAGAUUUUCCAAUUUUUCCCCAAAAUGUCGUCCUUACUGUGGGAAACCCUCGAGUCGCAGCUCCAUCCAUGGCUAUAUGAGGCUGUAGUGUCUUUGGAGUACCCUACAAUGACACCUGUUCAAGCAUCGACGAUUCCCCUUUUCUCGAAGAACAAAGACGUGAUUGUGGAAUCCGUGACUGGAUCCGGCAAAACUCUCUCCUUUGUUGUGCCCGUGUUGCAGCACAUAUCCAAUAGGCUAUACGGCCAUGCUGAAGAUACAGAGAGCCCAGAUCCGGUGAAAAAGGGCCAUAUGCUUGCCAUUGUUAUUUCUCCCACACGGGAGUUGGCCAGUCAGACGCAAGCCGUGUUUGACCGCGUGCUCCAGUUCUUGCCCGAGCUGAAAACAAAGAUCAAUACGCAAUUGGUGGUGGGGUCGCUCUCGUCUGUGAGACAGGAUCUCGAUACGCUUCUCACGACCAGAUCCCAUAUUCUCGUGGCGACACCAGGAAGGCUCUUAGAUUUACUCAAGUCGCUGAAAGUGCACACGUCCUCCGUGGAAGUGGCCGUGCUUGAUGAGGCCGACAAGCUUCUAGAUUUGUCCUUUGAAAAUGACGUUCUCUCGAUUCUCAGGACAUUGCCCAACCAGAGAAGAACUGGACUCUAUUCCGCCACGCUUUCUUCAGCAGGAUCCCGUGUUUUCAAUACGGGCUUGAAUAAUCCGGUCAGAAUUGCCGUCAAGUCAAAACUGUCCUCCAAAGCCGCGCCUUCAUCAUUGACAAUCCAGUAUGCAUUUGUUGAGCCCGAAAAAAAGUUGACUUCUUUUCUCAAUCUCCUUCACAAGUACAGGUUCAAGAAAUGUAUAGUGUAUCUCCCCACGUGCACCGGUGUCAAGCAUUUCUACAAUCUCUUGAAAGAACUCACACCUAAGAAGACACUCAUUUUCCAUUCUUUACAUGGCCAGCUCACCACCAACGCCCGACUCAAAACGCUUCAAAGCUUUACUGAAGGCGACGCCUUAGAGGCAAAGCACGUGUUGAUGACCACCGACGUGGCUGCAAGAGGCAUCGACAUUCCCGAUGUGGAUUUGGUGGUUCAGCUCGAUCCUCCUACAGACCCAGACGUAUUUGUCCACAGAUGUGGCAGAACAGGCAGGGCCAAUAAGGCCGGAAGGGCGAUUGUUAUGCUCAAUAAAGACUCCAAUGAAGAGGAUUUUGUCGGCUUAAUGGAGGUGAAGAAAGUGGAUAUGACUGAAUUGGAACUUCCAUGCGAUGAGGACUUUCACACGGACUUCCAAGAAAAAAGCAAGAUAUUCAUGCUCGAAGAUAGGGCCCGCCACGAACUUGCGGUUAAAUCAUAUGUGGGGUUUGUGCGGUAUUACCACAAGCAUAUCGCCUCAUCAAUUUUUCGGAUGCUGUCACUUGACUAUCUUGGCAUUGCCAAAAUGUAUGGCUUACUCAGGCUCCCAAAAAUGCCUGAAACAAGGUACAUUGAGAAGGACAAGAUGCCGGAAAAUGGUUGGUUGAUCAAGGAAGACUUUGACAUGGACAAGUACGCCUACGCCGACGAGGCCAAGGAAAAGGCCCGGUUAGAAAACAUGGAGGCUGAGAAGAUGCAAAAGAUAAAUGAUGCAAAGGCACGAAAACUUUUGAAGAAAAAGAACGAGGCUUGGUCGGUAAAGAUGGACACCAAGGAAACGAAGACGGUCCGGCGGGAGAAGAACAAGAAAAAGAGAGACGCCAUCGAAAAGCAAAUCAUGGAGGAGCCCUCGGAGGAUGAGGAGGCGCAGGUUGAUUGGAAGGAUUUGGUCAGGCAGAGCAAGAAACCGAGAAAUGACACUGGAAUGCAAGGCUCCUUUGAUGAUUUAUAGAACAUCUUAACUAGAUAUUAUGUGCAAAAUCAAAGCAUCACACUCUC